AUGCCUGAAAAAAGGAGUGCCGGGUCACAAUUUGUCGGAUCCUUGACUACGAUCGCAGCCAUGAAGAUUCCUGAGAACCUCACAAAAUUGCAAAAUGAAACCUCCUCAAGAAAUGCACUCAGUCUAGUACAGCUGAUCAGCCAAGUAAAAUGGCAGAUACUAGGCGUCCUAUUGAUCACCUUCAUUACCUACCACUACAUCACCAACAGACCGCCUCGCGUCCCCAUUGUCCUCGAGAAAGAAAUCCCAAACAAGCUCGAACGACAAUCCGCUUUCUUCUUCAAUACCUUCAAUGUUCUUCAGAAAGGCUACAAGGAGUUUGGCGACAGGAUUUGGGGCAUCGACACGAACCAAGGACUGCGACUCGUCUUGCCGUUGCGUUACCUAGAUGAGUUAAAGAGCCAUCCUGCGAUCAAUUUCGCUGACUCGAUUAGUCGCCAUGCAUUGAUUGAGCACACUGGCCUUGGAGGACCCCCGGCAGCAGCUGUGCACAUCUUCAAGGCGAAGCUCAACCCUACCUUGUCAGAGUACCUGCCGGUUUUCCACGACAUCAUCAAACGUGAACUGCCACUCGCCUUUCCGCAAAAUGAAGACUGGACCGACGCCGAAGGGAGCAAGGACGAGCACUGGCUGGAGCUUUCGCAAGCAUACGUUUCGACUGUCCUCGAUUACCUUCAAAAGCUGAAGCGGUGGCCCGAGUUUUCACUUCCUCUUGUCAAAUUGAUUCUGCCCGAGAGAGCAAAGUUCUUGUAUGAUCUUGCUGUACGUUCGGAGGAUAUUCCCGAACUGCGAGAGGAAAUCCGCCAAGUCUAUGCGGGCUGCGAGGGGGCCUUCACGAAGAAGUCCCUCGGCGAGCUGAAGAAGUUGGACAGCUGGAUGAGAGAAAGCCAGAGACUGUGUCUCUCGGUGUCCACCACUUUCCAGCGCAUUGCAACAAAGCGAUUUCGUCUCUCGGAAGGCCUGUAUAUUCCCAAGGGUACCCGACUGGAGGUCGCGGCCACAAGCGUCCACGUCGACGAGGCAUUCUACGAGGACCCGGAGGUUUUCGACGGGCAGCGUUCCUUCAAAUUGCGACAGGGAGAAUCGCAGGCAAUGAAGCAUCAGUACAUCAGCACCGGUAGGACCGAUCUUCGAUGGGGCUACGGUCGACACGCGUGUCCGGGAAGGUUUCUGGCGGAUGCCGAGAUGAAGAUGCCGCUGUCGGAGCUGUUGCUGCACUUCGAUGUUAAGAAUCCCGAGGGGCAGGGAAGACAUGCGAACAUUGCCUUUGACAAUAAUGUCAUGCCCGACCCUACAAAGACCGUCAUGGUGAAUUCGGUGAAGGGGUGGUAG